AUCAUCUGCCUAUACUCGAAACUAGAACCGGUGCCUCAGUUUCGUAACAUGUCCCUCCUGCAUGCCAAGCUUUUACCAACUCAUAUGAAAUGGGAAUGGGUUGAUGAUUACGACAAGAUGUGUUCCGAUGAGAUGGAUCAAAUAAGUUUUCACUCUGCGCCGGAAUGUUUGUUAUCGUCGCUCGAGUUUGUAGAUAUCAAAAGCAGCGUCUCGAGACAUGUUGCAGAGAUGAAGCUAGUAAGGUACUUCCUAGAGAGCUCUGCUAUGCUCAGGGAACUGACUCUUCGUUUGAACUGUGAUGCAACACAAGAUGUCAUCUUCAAGAGCCUCCUCAAAAUGUCAAGACGCUCUGCCACGUGUGAAGUCACAAAAAGCAACACAGUUCCGGCGACUGAAUCCCCCAAAUUCCCCAGGCAAGUGUAUCCAUUCCCGUCGGCGAAAUCACGAUCUACACUUCCGGGCUAUUUGUAUAAGAUAUGGUUACCAGCCAUUCUUGAGAGCUUCCCGAACCUGAAGUCCCUAAGCUGGGAAUGCGACGCGGAGUAUGAGGAGCUGCACUUUGAGGAGAUGAAGGAGAUCAGUUUUGCAUAUGUGCCUGAGUGUUUGCAUUCGUCUCUCGAGCUUAUUGAUUUCAAAGUCCCAUUCUCAGGACUUGCUGGAGAAAUGAAGGUGGUAAGGUAUUUCUUGGAGAAUUCGGCUCUUCUCAAGAAACUCACUCUGCAUUGUCGUCGUGACUGUUCAACAAAAAGUAAAUUCAAAAAGAAACUCCUCAGAAUCCCAAGAGCCUCUACCAUAUGUGAAGUCGUGAUCCUCUGAAUGGUAACGAGUAGAGAGAACGUAGUGAUGGUUUUUGUGUUAAAACAAAGUGAGUAUGCGUUCUAGUUUCAUAAAGAUAUUACUACUAAGUUGUCAGGUGAUAAAAGAUAUUGUAUUGUUUUUUUUUUUUUUUUUUUUUUUUUUUUGCUUUCAUGGUUUGUAGUAGUAACUGUGAGACUUCAACUGAAGCAGAG